AUGUUGCUUUUCAGCGUCUUACUGGUAUGGCUAUGCCAGACUGUGCUGGCACAGUACUCCAGUGAUGACCUCUUCUCCUUCGUUACGCUCCCCGACGUAAGGGCAGUGAAAUUCAACAUCGAGUACCACAAUCGCGAGCGCGUUAGCCCCGGGUACUGGUUUGUCUCGCCAUACCUACACAUCGACCCCGACCCACCGAGCAGUCUUUACGAACAAUACCAGAUCGGUCCGCACAUCUACGAUGACGAAGGGCGCCUCGUCUGGACCGGCUCGCAACAGUUCGAUAACCGCAAUGUCUUCGAUUUCAAGGUUACCAACAGUCUUGGCUCCGACCCGCACCUCUCCAUGGUGUUGCAACACUCGUGGGAUGGAGGAGAGGACUCUGGCUUCGGAAUUGUCUUGAGGAAUGAUUAUGAACAGGACCGAAAACUUCCUCUGCGACGCGACCUGGGAAUUUUCGACAUUCACGAGUUUAACAUACGCCCCGAUGGCAAGUCCGCGCUGCUUACCAUCUACCUCUCCCAUGAAAUUACCCUCGAGGAAUUUGGCCGCCCUGGUGAGCCUACCUGGCUCGAGUCUGGUGGAUUUGCGGAGAUCGACAUGAACACGGCCGAGGUGAUCCAAUGGUGGGAUUCAUUCAAUCGGAUUCCUCUUUACGAGAGUGUCCAUUAUGGCCCGGGCUCGGCAGCGGAAGGACACCCAGGUUGGGACUAUGUGCACAUCAACUCUGUUGACAAGAAUGAAGCCGGCGACUACUUGAUCUCGGCGCGAUUCACCAAUACUAUUUAUAUGAUCUCUGGCAUUAAUGGAGACAUCAUGUGGCGACUGGGCGGAGCUUAUACUAAUUUCCAGCAAGACUUUACCUUCUCCAAGCAGCACGACGCGAAAUUCGUGGAAUCGAAUGGAACACACCAUAUCAUUUCUUUCUUGAACAACGCAUCUGACGAGGAAUUUAACGAGGAGAAUAUGUCGUCGUCUAUGUUUGUGGAAUUGGAUACUGGCGCAAACCCAAUGACCGCGCGUGUUAUCCGACGCUACAACCGCCCUGACAGCGAACUCUCGAGACUCCGUGGAAACACCCAGCGGCUCCCGAACGACAAUGUGUUCACGUGCUGGAGCAAAGGAGGCUAUAUCUCUGAGCAUGGUGCCGAUGGAGAGCUCUUGUUCACAGCCAACUUCACUUCUCCCCGCUACUCGAGCUACCGGGGAUACAAAUUUGAAUUUACUGGCCGCCCCAACACCCCGCCCGAUGUGGUGGCCUCGGUGUCUGGCACCGAUGAGACCAACAUGGUUACCUCGUUCUGGGUCAGCUGGAACGGAGCCACCGAGGUCGCGACAUGGAACUUCUACGCCCAAGCCUCUGAAUUCCACUUCCCCGUGCUCAUUGGAUCGACUCCUAAGUUCGACUUCGAAACCAUGUUUGUUAGCGCUGGUUACCUCGACUGGGUAUCAGUCGAGGCCGUGGAUGUCAACGGCACCGUCCUUGGCAAGUCCGAGGUGCAUCGCACCAAGUACCCCAACUGGAACUCCGUUGGGUACAAAGGACAGCCAAGCCAACCCCGCCCUAACGAUCCCUCGAUCAUCUACCAAGCGAGCGACAAGACCGGCGGAGACAAUGUCAUGGACGAGGCUGGCCGUACCUCAUCCGAUGCAAUGGACACCCAAACCCAAAAGACCAUCCAAGUCCUCAACCACUCUUACGAGGCUAUCCGCAACAUUGGCGGUCUAUUCGCUUUCAUUUUGCUUCUUUGCCUGUUCUGUGGUGUUGUGGCAAGCUAUCUGGUCAUUCGUGGCUGGCGGGUCCGGCUGUAUCAGCGCCUUAAGAUGGAGGAUGGAUUCCCUGAGGAGCAGGCGCACCUGCGAUCUACACAUCAUGAGGAUUAA